UCAUCGUCCACGGGUAUCCGAACUUGCCCCUCUUGACGCUCCUCUCCUGACUCUCGUGUCUACAACACCUAUACAACAACUACAACUACAACUCAGCUUUCUACCACAGCAGCUACUUUGAUAAUAACUUAUGGAACUGUCUCGCUGCAUCUACCAGCAGCUUGUUCGUGUCUAGUGAACCGUCUUGUCGUUUGUUUGCCUUGAGAAGCAAGCAGCUUGCUCUGGCGCUCCUUUCCUCUAUCCAUCCGCUCCCCUACCUCCCACUUGGUUCCCCGCUCUCACUUGUUUAUAUACACCUUAAUACCUAUAGCUAUCCCGUAUUCAUAUUCUGCGAUAUCUGGCAUAUCUGGAAUAUCACUCUGUUAUUUAUUAUUAUUAGUCAUAUCUUCCUUAAGUGUCGUCCUUCCUUGAUCGUUUCGUCGUCGCCUCAAAUUGACAAUUGACCUUCUUGUCCCCUGCCUGAGCUAUCUCAUUGCAGACGUGAGAACUGCAAAGAGAGUGGUACGCUUAUUUAUAUUACUCUUCACAUACCGCUCCAGACUUUCCUGCACAGGUUACGGCCCUUUGGUGGCCACCUCUCAUCGACCAGAUUUCAGCCGCCUUUUGGAUGCCCCCAGCGUCUAACCCCUCGCGCCAGCAAAGUCGGUCCCCGGCGACCAAGUCCCCCUUGUCCCAGCAGCUCACAACUUCAAAACAAUCAGGUCUUGGUCGUCAAUCUAAGAAAAAGGCAAGAAAUGUUGUCGAGCGAGAGGAUGGGGCAGUCAAAGCUGAAACGAAAGCGUAUCCGGACGAUACCCAAGCUAGAUCCUCCCCAGCUGCUGACCCGGAAGAUAUCAACCCGCAAUCUCAUCCUGUUGCCGUACAGCAACAUCCAAUCCACAUCACUUCGCCAGACUUGGAUGCUUUGAACUCGUUUGGUGGCCACGUCAAUAGCGAUUCUGUCCAUCGAACUGAUUCCUGGGCUAGGUCGAUUCCGUUUGGAAAAAGUCCACCCAAUGAUCUUAUGGAUGGCCUGAGCCUUGGCGAAUCGCCACCAAAUUUUGCUGCACUUGGAGAAAAGGGGGGCUUCAGCUAUAGCCCUUCACCAGCCUCACCACCGCUAGGGAAGCCUCGGCCCUUGAGCUAUGGGAAUGGCCACCCGAAUUACACGCCAGCGAGAUAUCGAUCAGCGGAUAGACAACGUUCCUCGAGUAGUCAUCAGAGGAACCAGAUUCCUUUGCCUCAUUUGCCCCAACCACACUUCUAUUCUGCUCCUGACAUCGACAUACCGCAUUUUCCAAAUCCGAAUAUGCGACCUACAGGGGAAGAUGGUUACACUUUCUGUGCGUUCGAUGCGCUUGCGAAUCCAUAUUCAAAACCAAAUAAUAAAUUUGGCGGAAAUGUCAUGUUGAUUGGCCAUGAUGGGUAUCUGGACAUUCUUCACGUGGAGAGCGAUAGAGCCAAAGAAGUUGGGAAGCUUGACGGACUGAAUGGAAGAGUGCUGGAUGCCAAGAUCUUGACCUGGGCGUCUGGGAUCGAUCCUUUCGCAUCUUGUCGGCCGCUUGUUGCCAUAUCGAUACAUGGUCCUGCACAGACAGCUGACGAUGGCGGUGCUUCGUCUUCCGCAGAUUCAGAUCGGGUCGAAAUAGUACCUACAGUACCAAAUUCGCGGUCAAAGCGUGAAGAGCCCCCACAGGUGCAGACUCGAGUUCAAGUGUACUCUCUCAAAACGCAGGAGCACAUUACAACUCUCUAUUCAACGAAACCUGUUCCUUGCUUCGAUCACCAGUUCCCUGGCUUACCCGUUUCCGCGUCGUCACCUGUAGGAAACUUGAAAAUAUAUGCCAGUGGAAAUUUUGUUGUUAUCGCUUCCGGAACGAGUGGCGAGGUUUUCAUUUAUAGUAUAAUCCCCCAGUCGUCACGCGGUUCCUUUCAGUGCCUUGGAAAAACGUGGACUAGUAUGCAAUGGAAAGAUGUUCGCAGGUAUUCUAGCUCGUCGAACUCGACAAAUGACCCGGACGACUUUCAAUCCGAUACUAGCCGCCCUUCGUCAAAUCCAGAUACCCCAAUCCUAUCUCUCAGUGGCCGAUGGCUCGCUGUUGUUGCGCCCUCUGCAUCGCACCGAGUGUCCCUCCAUGGAACCAUCCCUUCCCAUCUAAUCCAGAAGAAAACUUAUGGAUUAGACAGUCAUACACCUCCUUCACGCCCUUCAAUUACGUGUGCAGUUGAUUCUGGAGAAGGAGAAAGCCUUCUCAAUAAGGUUGCAAGGGGAGUUACGCAAGAACUAUUCAAGGGUGCUCGAUGGAUCGGAGAUCAAAGCAUCCAAACUUGGAAUACCUACUGGAACAAAGACGCUCAGCUAACGCAAGCGACUCCUCGCCGCUCUCACCAAUUUGAUACACAAACGGGAUACAAUAUUCUUCCUCCAACGCAUGCUCCUGAUACUCAGUCAGGGCUGGUAGGCGAACCUGAUCUUGUAUCGAUCAUCGAUUUGAAGAGAUUAGAGGAAGCGCAUGAUAUAAAAUCGGCUUUUCCCGCCCCGAUAGCCACGUUCCAACCACCUAAUGGAUGUAGUUUCCUUUCCUUCGCACCAAACGGCCUCAUGCUGCUAACCGCCAGUAAAAAGGGGGAUAUACAGCAUAUUUGGGAUCUCAUGCAGAUAAAGCACUGUAGAGCCAGGGCAUUUAUAUCGGAUGAUCCGACUUCUAUCGGAGUGGCCUCCAAUCCCCCAGCACUUCAUGUACGACAAGUCGCGAGAUACGCCCGACUAACUACGUCAAGCAUCGUUGACACUAUCUGGACCGCUCCCAUUGGAGAGCGUUUGGCGAUUAUCACUAAGAAAGGCACUGUUCAUGUCUAUGAUCUUCCCCGCGUUGCAUUCCAAUGGCCACCUCUGCGCCGAGUUACACCAUCCAAGAUGAACCAAAAGGAUACUUCCGCUGCUGAAGAUCAUGAAGAGGCCGCUCCAAGUAAUCCAUUCUCUGCUGCCAUGAAACUUGUUGGUGGCACAACUCAACCUAUUCUCGCAGCUGUACGCGGUCGUGCACCGAGUGUCGGAGCAGCUUUUCAAGGAGGUGCAGGGGCAUUUGGAAUUUCAGCUGCAACGGGGGUUCGUGGUGGUGGUAAGGUUGUCGCUGCUGGUUUGAGUAAGUCAAUGGGCGCAGCGACCGGUACCGUUAACACCCUUCGUCGGGUGGGUGAAAACCGUUUGCAUCUUUCUGCUUUUUCCAGAGACGCUGCUCGGUCUCGAGUCACCUGGCUUGGCACGGAAGAGGAGCCCUUAUUGGGAGUAAUUGAGGGCGGCAGGUUUACAUCAUACAAAAUUCGACGGAGUUUUUCGGUGGGAAAGAACAAACAAAGCCAUUCUGUUGUUGGAAGUAAAUCAGCAGAGAUCCGUUUACCCGCUAAUGCCCAGUUACCCAGCGGGCCUGAGCAGCCAAUGCCCAUGCCGACAGAAACCCAAGUUUCUGGAUUCUGGUCCAUGUCUUCAUCUACACUCGUACGACGAUCGAGCGGUAAGCUUAAAUCUCAACCUCUUUCCCAGGCCGAAAUCGAGGCCAAUGCUCCAUAUCAGCCAUUCCAUACCGACCGCAGAGUGAAUCUCAUGGUAUAUCCUCCAGGUUAUGAGGAGCAAGAUGCCAUUCAGUCGCAGCAACAAUGGGCUUUUGGGAACGAUAUUCCCGCGAUAAGACUCAAUUUGCGCCCAGCCACACGCAGCGACGAAGAUGACGAAGAUAAUACUGGCAUCGGACAGAACACAAGUGCUGGUGAGAUAGAGAAUUUGAUCAGUCUCGGAAACGGUGGGGAUGACGUUGAGCAUGUAGUGAUAACAGCCCGACGGAAGAAGCGGGGGACAGCUUACUCCUCCGCCAUCAGUGGUGGUGCUGCAGCUGAUGAAGAUGGCUUCUUUGAAGAUGAUUGUGAUGUUUUGGACUUCGCACGGGAUCGAGUGUGAUAUGAAAUAUAUUGUUGCGGUGUAAAUCCGUUCUUUGUUUGCUUGCUUAUUGAUUUACUCUGCUCUCUUUUCAUUAGUUAUACAUUUUUCUUUCGACACUUGUCGGUAACGAUAUCAGGACAUGGCGCCCACUUUGCUUUUUAAAUCAUACAUUUUCCCUUUGUUUGCUAACUAUUCCCCCAAUUUUUCUGCAUGCGGGAAGGCUAGAUUUGAUCCUGGUGUUGUGCGGACCUGCUUUCAUAUUUUUCAUGUGGUGGCAUCGGCGUUCUUGAGAGAACAUACCCCUAGUUUAAGACAUGGCCCUCUGGAUUUGGCGCAUUCGCAAUAUUUUGGAUGCAACGCAUGUAGAUUUCGCCCUCCGUUCCCCGCCCACCCCUGCACUAUGAUCUCUAAUACUCAGAGCUGCGCGACUAACAGAGCACUCACUAUCAACGUGUUUUAGUGAUGUUAAGGGUGUGGCUUUUUAUUUUCGUUCCUUUUUAUUUUAUUUUUUUCUUUCCCUUUUCUUUUUUGUUCUUGUGAGAUUACCUGUGUGUAGUGAAUUUGUAUAUCUGUGCAUAUUUAUUUCCGGCUUAUUUUAGUUGUUGGCACCGCUGUUACAAUUUUUUUU